ACAGGGACAGUUCAGGACACGGGUGGUCGGUGCGCACAACAGGGACAGUUCAGGACACGGGUGGUUGGUGCGCAGAGCAGGGACAGUUCAGGACACGGGUGGUUAGUGCGCACAACAGGGACAGUUCAGGACAAGGGUGGCCUGUGCGCACACCAGGGACAGUUCAGGACACGGGUGGUCGGUGCGCACACCAGGGCCAGUUCAGGACACGGGUGGUCAGUGCACACAACAGGGACAGUUCAGGACAUGGGUGGUCGGUGCGCACACCAGGGACAGUUCAGGACACGGGUGGUCUGUGCGCACAGCAUUUCAUGGCUUCUAGGGACACUUACGAUAGGCAUCUUGCAGGUGCUUAGCAGCAGGCAGCUUCCAGGGACAAAGCGGUCAGCAGGCAGGAAC